UCUUGAACUUACAGUUCAGAUGGAAAGACACGACUUUGACAGGAUUUAGCUUGACAAUGUGCGACUUUGCUUCCUUCAAAUUGACACACAUGGUGUCAAUUUAAAAGCUGAUUUAAUCGCCAAAACACAACCCUCCCAUAACGUGUAACCAGGGAGGCUAAAAUUCAUCCCUCAAGUUCCCAGGGAUCCCUCAGCCUUCCUUGAUGAAGGCCGAGCAAGAAGGAGACCUCCUCGAAGAGGACUCCCCUGAGGAGAAUGGAGUCCAGACAGACCAGUACAGCUCCAUCUCUCCUCCUGCCUCACCAGAGGCCCAGGACGAACCCUUCUCCACAUACUUUGAAGACAAGGUGGCCAUUCCAGACAAUGUCAGCCAGGUGUUCAGUUUCCGUAAGCUCUGGGCGUUUACUGGACCAGGGUUUUUGAUGAGCAUUGCUUACUUGGAUCCAGGGAACAUCGAGUCUGACCUGCAGUCUGGAGCUAAAGCUGGCUUUAAGCUCCUGUGGAUUCUCCUUGGAGCCACCAUCAUUGGGCUGCUGUUACAGAGGUUAGCUGCACGCCUUGGGGUCGUCACUGGGAUGCACCUGGCUGAAGUCUGCAACCGCCAAUAUCCCACAGUUCCUCGGGUCAUCCUUUGGCUGAUGGUAGAGCUGGCGAUUAUUGGCUCAGACAUGCAGGAGGUCAUUGGCUGUGCCAUCGCUCUCAACCUUCUCUCUGUGGGCAGGAUUCCACUUUGGGCAGGAGUUCUCAUCACCAUCACAGACACGUUUGUGUUUCUCUUUCUAGACAAAUACGGCUUGAGGAAACUUGAAGCUUUCUUUGGCUUUCUCAUCACUGUAAUGGCUCUGAGCUUUGGUUACGAGUAUGUGCUGGUCAAGCCAAACCAAGCGGAGCUGCUGAAGGGGAUGUUCACACCUUACUGUGCCGACUGUGGGCCUGUGCAGCUGGAGCAGGCGGUGGGAAUUGUAGGAGCCGUCAUCAUGCCACACAACAUCUACCUGCACUCAGCGCUGGUCAAGUCUCGGGAUAUUGAUCGCAAAAAUAAGAACGACGUAAAGGAAGCCAACAAGUACUACUUCAUCGAGUCAACUAUUGCUCUCUUCAUCUCCUUCCUCAUCAACGUCUUCGUCGUAGCAGUGUUUGCUCAGGCCUUCUUCAAUAAAACCAAUAUUGAAAUGCAUAGUCAGUGCAAUGCAACCGGCAGCCCUCACACACAGCUCUUCCCUCUCAACAACGACACACUGGAGGUGGACAUCUACAAAGGGGGAGUGGUCCUGGGCUGUUUCUUUGGCCCUGCAGCGCUCUACAUCUGGGCUAUCGGGAUCCUUGCAGCUGGACAGAGUUCCACCAUGACAGGCACUUACUCUGGGCAGUUUGUCAUGGAGGGUUUCCUGAACCUGCGGUGGUCCCGUUUUGCUCGUGUGCUGCUGACCCGCUCCAUCGCCAUCACGCCUACACUGCUGGUAGCCAUUUUUCAGGACGUUCAACAUCUGACGGGGAUGAAUGACUUCCUCAACGUACUUCAAAGCAUGCAGCUACCAUUUGCUUUGAUCCCAAUUCUGACCUUCACCAGUCUGACAUCAAUAAUGAACGACUUUGCAAACGGACUGGUGUGGAAGAUUUCCGGAGGGGUCAUCAUCCUGGUGGUUUGUGCAAUCAACAUGUACUUUGUGGUGGUUUACGUGACGGCGCUGAACAGUGUCCUGCUCUACGUUUUUGCUGCUCUGCUCACCGUAGCCUAUCUCUGCUUUGUAGGCUACCUGGUGUGGCAUUGUUUGGUUGCCUUGGGGGUUUCAUGCCUGGACUUUGGCAGCAGGAUGCAGCUGUCACGGCACACAGACAUUUACUUACUGACGGACAUGGACACUGAUACUCUUGUUGAGAGAUAGGAUAUAUUAUGAGCCAAUGUUGACCUGAUGAACCGACCGAAGCGUGGGACCACUGAAGCUCGGCCAGUAUGUGUUUGUCCUCGCCUCUCUGUGCCUAACACGUUUUUUAAAGUGUCCUUUUAGUACACAGUGCAGUACACACACCCAUGUCUAAUCCAAUGAUGGAUGUUUUUCCAUCGCAAAUGUCUCAGCCACCUCAACUAACUAUUGUUUACGCAAAUAAUGGUUUAAUAUGUCUGAAAGAAUUAAGUGACUGUGACACAGGGAACUAUUUGACGUUUUUGGCAAAACAAUCACACCUUAAGGUCCAGUAUAUCAUGUUUCACACUAUAGUGAUUCAAUUAUCGGUUUCCAUUCAGAAAUCCCACAAUAACUAACUUACUAUUCCACAUCAUUGAUAAGCCAGAGUCUUGAUCUCAGAGGCACAGUUGUGUUGAGACCAAGUAAAAAGUCUGAUGUGAAUGCUGUAUGUUUUAUUAUUAAAAAUAACCAAAGCUGCAGCAUGAUGCUAAAAUAUUUUUUUUAAAUUGUUGGGGACUGAACAGCUGCCCUUUAUUCCUUCUUACAUUCAGACAAAAUCUUAAUUGAUGUAAAAAAUGUAUCUAGAUGUUAACAAAAGUCAAAUAAAUAAUAAAUAUAUAAAAUAUGAAUUUAACACUUGAGAAAUAUAUUAAAUAUUUAUGUGAAACUUUUUUUCUGUGUUUUAUACAAUAAUAAAGAGAAUGACAGUUUUAUGUCAUUACAUGCACAGUUAUGCAUCUAUUUUAGAUGCUGCAAAGUUCCGUUCCUGGAGAUAAGGUCUGAAACAUAAGGCCUUUGUGUUUCCAAAAUCUUUAAAGGGCCAGUCAUAAUUUCUUUUUGAAUUAAGUCAACAUGUGUAGGACUACUUUGUGCUAGUAUCUCAUAAAGACACUGUGGCAGCAGACACUCAUUUUAAUGCUGUUUGAGGCAGUCGCAGGCAUCUUAUUUAUCGAUUUCUCACACAUUGUAAUCUAAUAUUUUGGUAUCUUCUAUUAUUUUUUAUUUAUUUUUUUCUCUCCUAAAGUUCCUUCUCAGUUAAGCUUAGACCAGGUUGUUUAAAUAUUUUUAUUUAUGCGUAGUUUAAUUUUUUCAUAAAUUAUUUAGUGGAUGUCUGAUUGGUUUCAAAUGUUUUCAUUUUCUUUAACUUCAGCUUUUGGGGGAUUUAUAUCCUCAGCCUUUUUUCAUUUAGCAAAAUUUGCGAGAGGGUUUGUUGAGAAAAAGUGCAUAUUAUUACAGAAUAAUAUGACAUUUGUUUUCUGAAAUGAAUAUGGAAGAAAAAGUUGGCAGUGGUGCAAAUAUGUGAGGUACAGUAAAUGCUAAAUAUGACGUGAUGAUGUGUUGCAUCAUGAGAAGCAGCAUUGUCAUGUUCAUUGUAUCCCAGGGCUUCUUGUGUCCUAACAAGAUGCUUUUGUUACUCGACUCCGGUGUACCAGGAGUAUAAUGGGAGAUUGUAAUUGUACAAAAGACUGUUUCAAAUAUGGGAGACAAGUGUUAGCUUAGCAACAGAAUGCUAAUAUAACACAUCAUUUUACAGAAAAUAAGACAAGUAGUUAUAAUGUGAACUAAAAAGAGUGCAGGAAAGACAAUAGAGAAAAAGACAGAAAGUGAUAUAUAAUAAUAAUGUCAAACAACAAAAGAAUCAAUUAAAAAACUUGAGUGUUAAGAUUGUGCAUUGCUGGUUUGGGCUUAUAAAUAAACCAAACUUUUUCCUUGACCAAACACUGAACUGCACUUGUAUGAUAUCAUUACUGUGCAGAUGACCACAGUGCCUCCUGUAUUCACCAUUGUGCCUUAUUUCUUUGAUCUCUAGCACACGAUCCAGUCAAAAACGAUUACAAACCAAUACAAGAAUCUCAUAUUGUUGUACACAAGUAAAACAAUUAGAAUCAUUAUAAUAAUAUGUGUGGUAGGGUUGAGGUACAGAGUGCUUUUUUUUAAAGUGAAACAUGUUUUUAAAUGUGUUUUCUUUUAGCCAUUGUGUUCUGCAUUUGUCAUCAUACUUUCUAUACAUUUGUGCAAAAUACCUUUUUGGUAAUUUCAUGCUUGCAAAGCAACGUAAACAAACAAUUAAAAAUAAUAAAAGAACCAGCACUUAAUUACAAAAGAAAUGGGCCAUGGUGUUAUUAAAUACAUGAAAACUGAAUAUAUAGUGAAUAAUUAUCGAAUAUUUUCACAUAUUGGAGGAGCAUUGAUGAAAUCACAGCAAAAAAAAUCAAUGCUCAGCAGUGAGCGAUUGAUGUUGGGAGGACUCAACAUUCAGUGAACAUAUCUCACUGCAGGACACAUGCAUUUGGUCCAAGAAUGUAAGUCUGGCUGUUUUAUAUAAUAGCUUCUAGUGAAAUGUAUGCAAAACAUGGUAAUGUCCUCAGUUAUACCAAAUGUUUUAUUGAUUACUGCAUAAUGUGUUGCAUUGUAAAGUGUCUGAAUAUGGGAACGCCUGUUGCGAUUGCCAGAGACCAUUAUCUGGUUCCAUUGCCAGAAAGUAAAUUGGCACUGUGCUGUAUUGUAAAAUAGAUGAAAUGUGUUAUUUUAUUUGAUUCAAGUGAACAGUAUGAUACAGUAUGAUAUUUUAUUUUUCUCACCAGAUCUGUUGUUGAUCUGAUCUGCCGUCUCUGUUAUGUUUUUUUAAUGUUGUUUUUUUUCUUGUUGAAUAUAAAAAGUAAAAAUACUUUUA